AUGAUGUUGCUGGUACUAACAGUUUUGUUCAUUGCGCCGUCAUAUAUUCAAGCAUGUGGUGAUCGACCUGGAUACAGCAGUCGUGUUGUGAAUGGACAUAAUGCAGCUCCCCAUUCUUGGCCUUGGCAGGUUUCUCUUCGUUCCAAUGGUCGCCAUAUUUGUGGUGGYUCGCUAAUCAGCCCUGAAUGGGUCAUUACCGCUGCUCAUUGUGUGGACCGCAACCCGAGACCAAGUGGAUAUACAGUUGUUGUUGGCGCUCAUAGCCAAUAUGGAUCUACCUCCGUUCAGAGUACCCACCGUCUUUCUCAGCUGUUCAAACAUCGUGGUUUUAGUAUGAGCCAUUUCAGAAACGAUGUCACUUUGCUCAGACUGGCUAAUCCUGCAAGACUUAGUUCUCAGGUCAACACAGUUUGCCUACCGGGGCAAGGUAGCCGUAUUCCAGCAGGAUCGAGAUGYUAUAUUACAGGUUGGGGCCGUACCRUAGGAGGAGGGCAAGGUGCCAAUAYUCUUCAACAGGCCGUUUUGCCAGUUGCCAAUGACCGUGCUUGCCAGAGAACUAACGGUCSCCUUAUGCGUGUUGACACUAGAUCAAUGAUCUGCGGUGGUGGUCAAGGGGCUGCUGGUGGUUGUCAAGGAGACAGUGGUGGUCCAUACGUUUGUCAAGAAAGUGGAAAAUGGGUUCUUCGUGGGGCUGUAAGCUGGGGACACUCGUAUUGCCGUACAGACUUCUAUACAGUAUUUGCACGAAUCAGUGAGCAUAUGAACUGGAUCAACGGAAUCAUAAGCCCUUUUUCUCCUUUAUAUCAUGUGGCAACACGAAACCCACACAAAUAG